CCGCAGUCACUAGCAGUUCGUAUCCAAGUUGUAAUCGUGUAGAACAUUAAACAUGUCGCGUUUCCUUUGCUUCUCAGUGCUUGUGCUCCUUGCAGCUGUGGCCGUAUCCUCCAAGCCACAUGAGGAAUUCGACAAGGAACACGCCGCCGAGGUGGCCGAGGAGUGCAAAACGGAGACGGGCGCCACAGAUGAGGAUGUAGAGCACAUGAUGAAGCAUGAACCAGCCGAGUCCCAUGAGAGCAAAUGCCUGCGCGCCUGCAUGCUGAAGAAGUUCGAGAUUAUGAACGACGAAGGCAAGAUGAGCAAGGAGCACGCUUUGGAGAUGAUCAAGCUAAUAAGCAAGGGUGAUGCUGACAUGGAAGCCGCUGCUACGGAUAUUGUGGACAAAUGUGAGGCCAUUGAGGUGCCGGAGGAUCACUGCGAUGCUGCUGCUGCCUACGAAAAGUGCAUUGUGGACCACAUUCACGAGCAUGGCUUAUCCCUGGAGUAGCACUGAAACGAACUGGAAACGAAUAUGCAAGCGCCCCCAUGCUAUAUGAUACAUAAAUCUCUUUUUUUUUAUUAUAUAUAUUUCUCUAUGUAUACGUCUAGUUCCUAAGUGCAUGUAAAUAAAUUGCGCCAACUGCAGUUCAA